UUCGACCACUAUUUGUUAAACAUAAAUUGUAUUUUAUCAUCUCCUUUUCUAGUGUAUAAGCUCAAUUGAUGUUGAUUAAAAAAUUGAAUACAGGGUUUGUAACAAACUUAUGUCAGAUAUGAAAUAUUUUAAUUAAAAGAAACGCUAUCCCCAUAAGUUUGAUGUGGAAUAUAGUCGAAUGAUUGCAAUGAUCAUUGCAAAGCAAAUAUGUGCAAUAACUUCCUUAUCGACAUGUACUUAAACUUUACAUUAGGGCGAAUGAAAUCUUUAAGAUAAGUCGACAAUUCUAGAUGUAAUUCCCGAGUCUUAUCGCAGAGUUCACAAUGUUGUCGAGUAGUUUUGUGGCAUAUUUUUUACUUUUGUCGGCCUGGUCCUCUCUCGGUCUGGACAGAACUGAUCGGCUCCUUAUAAAUAGUGACCCUCAGGCUCUCCAAGUGCAAAUCAAUAAUUUGAUCCAAAAGUUGGGAAAAACCAAUCAGGAAGUCAGCUACCUGAAGUCUCAGCUUUCAUCUCAGCACCAUCAGAUAUCGUCUUGUGCAGGUUCAACCUUUACUGUUUGGGGGAAACAGUCUUGUCCAAAAGUAAAUGGAACAGAGCUAGUUUAUAAUGGAUUCACAAGUGGAAGCCAGUAUAAUGAAAAGGGAAAUGGAGUAAACACCCUUUGUCUGCCUCAUGAUCCAGAAAACUUAUUGACCUCAAUAUCGGUGUCAACCGGAAACGAUUACGCGCAUCUUUAUGGGGCCGAGUACCAGUUUAAUAUUGGUCGCAUACAGAUAGACGAUAACGUUCCUUGUGCCGUCUGCCAAACCAAGAGGGCGUCAUCAACCAUUAUGAUUCCUGGUAAACGCUCAUGUCCGAUUCAUUGGCAGAAACAGUAUACAGGAAUCUUGACCGCAAAUUGGUAUGAUUAUCAAGAAAGUGAAUACUUAUGCAUUGACGAAGAUCCGGAUUACGUCGAAGGGUCCCGAAGAAAUGAGAAUGGAAGACUGUUUUACCCGGUGAAAACUGUGUGCGGAUCGUUACCGUGUCCCCCUUAUGAAAAUGGAAACCUUCUAACAUGUGUUGUUUGUUCCAAAUAAAUCAUAAACCGAU